AUGGGUGGCAUGCGUCUCCCCCGCCCAACGGGCAUCUAUGUCCCCAAUUCACCAAAAACCCUCACCAACGAUAUGAUCUCUCCACCACUCUCCCCAGAAUUCAGCUUCGACUCCGAGACCGUCACACCCACUCUAGUCCCAGCUCUGGAAUAUAUCUCCAGUAAACUCCAACAAAGAAUGAUGCAUGUCACCCUCCUCAUCGGCCGCGGAAAGCCCUACCCGACCGGUCAGCCAUCCGACCUAAUGAUCAUCCCUAUCCACACAAUCGAGCCACAAGCAUGGCGAGUACUUGAACGCGCCAUUGCCAAAGGCUCGAAAAAGUUCUCACUCGGCCCCAGCUGGACGGACGCCAUCGGCCGCAGCCAGUAUGAGCGUCAGGCAAACGGUCAUCUCGUCAAUCAAUCCAUCCUCCAGAACGAAGUCAUCUUCAGUCAGGAGGGUCUAACUCUCCUGAACAUGGACCGUAUCUAUACCUUCAAGCGCCGCAUGUGUAUCCUCUCUGCCCGCCCCUUCUCGCGCAACGCCGAACAAUCAAUGUCAUCCUGCGUACGGCUACUCCACCGCAUCGUCGCAGAUUUCUCCGGUCGCCCCUUCAGCAAAGCUUUCUUCCACCGCGUCUAUGAGCAGCUUGAUGUAACAGACGAGCAGCUCACUGCCGUCGCAGUCGCGUACAAGAAUGUCCACAACCAGGAUGCUAUCAUCCUUCCCGUCCAGCCUCCCGCUCCAGCUGCAGCUCCAACCCCAGCUCCUGCGCCAGCGCCAGUUCCGCCCAAAGUCGAGGCCGUUGUUCCAGCGAAAGCUAGAGCAAAGGCCCAGGCUAAAGUACAGCCAAAGGUUCAAGCGAAAGCCCAGCCCAAAGCUGAGCGCGUCAUUUUGAAGCCCAAGGCUGAUCCCAUUCCUAUCCGGGUGAAGGCGGAACGCCCUCGUGAAGUGAAGAGAUCGCCCAUCCAGACUGUGCGCGGUCGAAGACACCCUCCGCUGUCGAUGCGAGGGCACAAUAAGCGCGGGCCCAAGACGCCUCUUUCUGCGUCGGAUGUUACCCCAAUCACGCGGAAUGAGUGGAAUAUUGUAAGCCAGGAUAUUCGCAUGCAACCUAGGGUUACUAAGUGGACUCCGUCGCCGACCGUGCUGGCCGCUGCUUGA